AUGGCAGAACGUUCUGUUUAUCUUAAAGUGAUUCCGAUAUUUUUUAUACAGAUAUGUUAUGUUUUGGGUACUGGAGUAACUGACCCACCCAAAACUACAAGUGAUGUUUACUGCUGGCAUAAUUCGGAUAACUCACAAGGCAUGAACCAGUCAUGCGUAACUGGUAAAUCACAUCCUCCCAACAUGGUGUCAAGUACCUCAACAAACGAAACAGAGGCAAAGGUAUCCAAUUCUACAGUAACUCCUGUCUCUGUGAAUCCACCAGUUAUGCGAUGCGUCACCUACACCAAUGAUACAACACUACGCUUUCGCCCAUCUAUAGUGGCGACUUCCCUGGAUACAUGGCGAUCAUGUGAUUUUGAUGGAAUCUGUAAUGACAAACCACUAAAUCAAACCAUUUCGGCUGUUAUCAAUGGAAGCAAUGUAUCACUAUUCUGUUGUGAGGGUAACAACUGUAACAAACCUGUACCGGUCAGUAGUCCAACUCCAAACACCAACAAAAGUCACUGCUACCAGCUUACAAUGGAGGGCAGCAACAUGAGGUUAAAAGGUUGUAAGGCAAAGUGUCCUGCUGAAGGAGUCCCUUGUAUAAAGGACACCCUGUACUUGAAGAGCGGCAUUGUGUCACAAAUGUAUAACUGUGACAUUGACAACAGGUGCUCCAACAUCACAAGUUCAGAACCAAACUGCAGUAAUUUCUCUACUGGUGCAAACAAUACCCGUGAAGUGUGCUGCUGUAAGGGAGACUACUGUGUUAAACCAGACCAGUCAUUUGAUGAGCCAAUUGAAAAAGAUGCCAACAGUGCUUGCUCUGUUGUACCAAUUAAUAGUACAAACCACCAUCCACCUGGUGGUACAUCCCCUCAGAAGAAGGUGGACUGGCUGUUUGUGGGAGGCCUGAUUGCUAGUGGGGUUGUUGCUAUACUGCUGGCGCUAUUGGUAGUCAUUAUAAUAAUGAAAAUGAAGAGGCGGGCCAAACAGAAUGACAGACUCACCUUGUCCUACACCAGGCUCGCAGCAGAUAGAGUUCCUGAUGAUGAUGAGGAUGUACAGAUGUUGCUAUCCUAGAACAAAUAUCCUUAACCUCAUUCAUUAACACCAAGAUUUCAUACAGUACACACACAUAAGUAGACUGUUGUCCUAUACACACACAUAAGUAGACUGUUGUCCUACACACACAUAAGUAGACUGUUGUCCUAUACACACACGUAAGUAGACUGUUGUCCUAUACACACACAUAAGUAGACUGUUGUCCUACACACACACACAUAAGUAGACUGUUUUCCUACACACACAUAAGUAGACUGUUGUCCUAUACACAAACAUAAGUAGACUGUUGUCCUAUACACACACAUAAGUAGACUGUUGUCCUACACACACACACAUAAGUAGACUGUUUUCCUACACACACAUAAGUAGACUGUUGUCCUAUACACAAACAUAAGUAGACUGUUGUCCUAUACACACACAUAAGUAGACUGUUGUCCUACACACACACAUAAGUAGACUGUUGUCCUAUACACACAUAAGUAGACUGUUGUCCUAUACACACACAUAAGUAUACUGUUGUCCUACACACACAUAAGUAGACUGUUGUCCUACACACACAUAAGUAGGCUGUUGUCCUACACACACAUAAGUAGACUGUUGUCCUAUACACACACAUAAGUAGACUGUUGUCCUAUACACACACAUAAGUAGACUGUUGUCCUACACACACAUAAGUAGACUGUUGUCCUACACACACACACAUAAGUAGACUGUUGUCCUAUACACACUUGCUGAAUGCAGACUCUGGUCGUACAUAGGGGUGCCAUGGUAUUAAAAGAAGUUGUCACAAUAUAUUGCGAUAUUUUGUUGGUGUAUCAUAAUAAAAUCAAGAUGUUUUUACAUGGGAAGAAAUGCAUACAAAACAAUACAAGACGAUGUUAAAGGGACGCCUUUAAGGGCCAUCAAAUUACAAAGAAUGUUCAUACCUGGUAGUUGUAAGUUUAAUACGCUGUAGUUCAUUAGUCAUGUUAGAAUUUGUAGUUUGUUAAUUUUAGUGAAAGUGGGACACAGCAUAAUCUCAAAUUUGUAGUACCACUUCUGUCCUUGCCGAUCUGGGAACAGGAAUUUCACCAAAUACAAUGAACACGCUGCUUGAAUUUCCAGAACAUGUAGACUUUUCAGUUUCAACUUUUGUUUUAUGUACCCAUGGAAAGAAUUGAAAUUUUUGGAAAGGCGAAUAACUUAACAAACAAGCAGAAACAACAUGGGUAUUGAAAAAAAAAGGUGAGUUGAUUUUUGUAUAGCAGUUAUUGUGACAAGUAGAAACUGUGAUUUACCAGUAUACCGGUUUAUCGUGGCACCCCUAGUCCUACACACCCUGACCUAAAGAAAUAUCUGGUCCUACACACAACAACAUAAAAUUAAUUUUUUAACAAGGUGUAGAUUCUGUAAUUAAUGUUGAUAUCUAAGAAGACCUACAUUCAAUGCAGGCAUUUAUGUACAUUGUUUGAUAUUUCUUUUUAUUAUCAUAUAUGAUGACAUUACUUUUAAGUGCUUCAGCCCACAGUCCUCUUGUAUAUAAACACAUUUUUGUUCAUUUACAUUGUACAUUAUAAAGAUUUAGCUGAAGAUGGACAUUUUCUUGUUCAGUUUUGUGAAAUGUUUCAAUUUGUUAUUUCUUCAAUAACCUCAAGAUAACACAGCAAAGAUAUUAAUUAAAAAACCCGCUUAAUAUUGUUUUAGAAAGUGUUACUGUACCAUGAUGCUGUCUCAUCAUGUAUACUUCUGUUUUUGUUCUGUUCAGUAUAUACUUGUUAUGAUGUCAAUUUUCUCUCAAUUAAGCAGUACCACAUUCCUUUUCUUUACAUCCACAUAGAACAGAUUACCUCCCUUGUGCGAUGUUUUCAACAAUUGAAAUAUUUGGCUAUAUAUUCCUUGAUGUUUUAUCAAAUGAUUUAGAGUUUUUUUAUACACACAUUAUGAAAGAUGUCUAACGUCUUUGUCCUUCAUGUAAGAGGACAUUUUUUUAUGUUUGCUUUGUCACAGUUUGAACUUUUGCUUUAGAGCCAAUCUAUCCAUUGUAAACAAGCCUUGUUACUAUUUCUUUAGGUAUUUGAGGGAUAUUUCUGAAACUUAAUAGAUGUUGCCCAUGCAGACUGGUUACUGAAACCAAAUGGUUGACAUGUGGCACUCUUGCAAUUUUCAGUUGAAGUUUGUUUUUUGCCAUUACGUGAUAGCACCAAAUGGAUCAUUCUUAGACUUAGAAAAUAGGUAUCCUUCUGUCCCUAAUGUCUGAAUAGGGAAAAAAUGGCCAUCUUAUAUGUUUAUGGUUGAAGUUUGUUGUGGCUAUUUCUUGAGAAAUACUGUAAAGAUAUUUCUCAAUCUUAAUGUGUAGGUUCCUUUUGGUCCCAAGUUGUACCUAAUCCAAUUUAUGUCAAGAAAACAAAAUGCCUGACUGAAAACCAUCUUGGAAUUUGACAGCUUUUUUUUUUCUUUUUCGUUGUUUCUCGGAAAGUUCCUGUAAGAUCUUUCCUGGGUUUCAUAAAGAAAAGUCUUGUAUAGAACCAAUGAUUUAAAAGAUCAUUCAAUGCUUAGGGCCAAGAUCCUUCUUGGAUUCUUGGAUCUCUUAAAAGAAAAUCAUUUGGUUUGACCGCAUGUGCUAGCUACAUCUAUUAAUACGCCAAUUGAAGUUUGACAAUGACUCCUGUAUAAAAUUGAUUUCUGAAAGUGAUCAUAUAGCAAAAUUAGAGCAAAAUCAAUGUCUUCAUAGAUGUGAUAAUAAUAGCUGUUGCGUACAUUUCAUGUUUUGCUUUUGGUGUAGAUUGGCCUCCAUGAUGAUACCUGAAUUAAUUUGUUUACAUAAGAUAAUUAAAUGCGUUAGGGCCGCGCUCAUUGUGGUUUCCUUAUUACCAAUGGAUCAAAACACCAACUGUGGCAGCGUAGUAACCGGUAAUCAAUAAUUAUAUUAUAUAUACCUUUUUUUUUUUAAAAAAAAAUUCUGAUUCCAAAACGUACCUGCACACUAUAACCGCAAAUUUACGGUAUCAUAUAUACAUAGUUAAAUAUAGAUAUAUAAAUGUAGAUAUUUUCAU